GACUGGACUAUUUAAUUUUUUUUUUAGGUUUGAUUAGUAUAAACUGCAAAAGCUAAAGUUACAGCGGAACAUUAAGCAUCUUUUGGGCCUUGGCUUGACAUUUUUGUCAGUACCAUGGCAUCACCAUGUUGGCAGAAAAUGAAUAGAACAGAAAGUAUGACAGUAUGCAUUUAAAGAAAGACUGAGUGUUGUUGUCAGGAAAUGUUGACCAAUAAGUAACACCUCUUGCUGUGGUUUUUCUGAAAGACAAGACUGUUGGACAGAAAGCAUAAGAGAAAUGAAAAGUUGUUGGAUUAGUUCUGUCUGUGUGUUCACUUUAAGAUUUUCCUGUUGGUACAUAUCUCAUGGAGUAAGUGCAAUCUGCAAGAUAAAAAUCUAUGACACUUAAGGAAAUCUCAGAUGUAGUGAAAAGAUCAUUGUCUGCUAUAAACUUUGAAGUACCCACAAUUCAUCUUAGAGGACAAAAGGCUCCAUGCUGUACUUUUGAGAACAUGCAGUAAAAAAAAAAAAAGUUUUCUCUACAUUGCUCUCAGUGCGCAGAGCUGGGUUAACCACAGACACAAGAAGGUGCAGUGGUGAAACAUCAGCUGAAGGGUCUCACUUGAAAACUGAAAGUGCAUUAAAUGGCAGCAUGUGGAGGAGACAAAGGCAAAAGUAAUGCCGAGCCUACAUCAGUCACUUUAUUUCUAAAAUGCGUAAUAUCCCAAGCAGGAAACAUAUUGAGGAUGUAUUUCUGAAGUGCAUGUGAGCUUCCUUUUUUAGACCUGCUAGUUUUUGUUUUUUUUAACUUCUUGGGCAACAUUUUGUAUUGUGCAGAAAGGAAGAGUUUAAGGCAGAGGACAUUGCAACACAUGGAGAAGACUGUAGGUAGUGUGAAGAAAAGAAGGAGACCUACAUGAACUAACAAACUUACAAAGGACAUGGCGGUUCAUAGUUCAGUUAAUGGGACGACGGCCAUCCCAUGGAGGAGCAGCAGGAGGAGGCUUUCGCUCCUGGAGCAGCUGAAGGGCUGCCAGAAGGCCUGGUGCCCUGGAGCACCAUGGGAUAGAGAGGAGGCACACGCUACUAUCUGUGGGACGCCUGCUGGGAGUUUCCUGGUGCUGCGCGACUCUGAGACGUCUCAGCCUGGCCUACUAUGUGUGUCUACUGGGCAAGAAAAUGAAGCUGUUCUUGAUUAUAACAUCCAAUGCACAGGCAAAGUUUUCCACUUGUCUGAGUCCCGUUUGUCUUUCUCUGACUUGGCUCAGCUGGUGCUUUUCUACUCGCUUACCAGAGAUGUGUUGGCUGUUUGUUUAUCUAUUCCUCGCUGGAUCUACAGUGUAACUGAGAAGAACAAAGAUCGACUCUCUCAGCUUGAACCCAAAACUUGGCUCUGCACCCCUCCUGAACUACAGACCGAUGAAAUGACCCACAACGAGCCGAGGACCGUGAUGUGCUCCAUACAGUUGACUUCGACCAAUGGGGCUCUUUGUAUCAUAAAUCCCCUCUACCUUCGUGAACAUGGAGACGAUUGGCUGACGUCUGGAAGUCAGUUCAACACACAAACAACCAAGCACAGACAACAGAGACGCCUCAGCACCACCAGAAAAUGGGAAGGGGCAGGGGUUCUGUCCAAACGAGCCAUCUCAUUGGACCAGGAAUCUUCUACUGCCACCAGUGAGAACUCAGGAUUAGUUAGAGCCAGGUCAGCUGAUUCACCCCCAGCCUCAUCAGCUGUAACUUCCCCAGAAGGCGUGGUUCUCCGGAGGCCCAGCAGAGAUUCUGGUUUCUGUUCUAUGUACAGGGCGAGCACUGAAAGCCUGCCUCCAUUUACCCCUUCUACCCCUGGAGGCUUACCCAGCCCUGUGCCCCAGUCUCCUCACAGAGUGUCCUGGAUUGAGGAUGGAGUCUGGCUGCCCCCACCUAGGCCUUCAUCAUUGCUCCAGCCACCGUUAGCAGAGCUUGACUCUCUGUCAAUCAGCAGCAUAGAAGAAGAGCAGGAGACCCAGACCCCGAGCCCCACGCCCCAGCAUCCCACCGCCCACCGGCUGGCUGACAAAGUUAUGCAUCGCCUCUCAGCGGUGGGCCAGGCCCUAGGUGGACUAGUGUGUCAGAAGAAAAAAUUAAUCAAUCGGGUUCAGGAGAUGAGUGAGCGGAAAGGAGGAACGUUUGCAGAGCAUGUCAAAGGAUUCGUGGAAACAACGAUGAAGAAAGGGACCGACCCUGAUGGGGUCACAGGGUCUGAGUUCUUACAGGAAGUGAGAUCUUCUCUCACAUCAUUGAGGGAAACAUUACUGGAUUACCCAGAAAUCCAGAUAAUACUGGACAGCAUAACUGACUUAAAUGAUUCAGAGAUUGACUCCCUAGUGGAGAUUGCCCUUCACAAGGUGACUCUUAAACCCAUCUCUGCCCACCUCUACUCCUGCAUUCAUUUUUCUCACACCAAUGACGGUGGCUUCCAGCGACUCCAGAGCAAUCUGCACCUACUGGAGGAAAACGAGGUGCAUCAGCUUGGAGGGUCUUCCGGAGUUGGAGUCCCUGACUCUGACUCUUUAGAGAAAAUCCAGCAAAGGUGGACCAGUAUGCAUGAAGCCUACUCCCCAAACAAGAAGGUCCAGAUUCUUCUCAAAGUCUGCAAGACAAUCUACCAUAGCAUGAGUUCCAACUCAGCCAGCUCAGGCACGGUGUUUGGAGCAGAUGAUUUCCUACCUUGUCUGACGUGGGUUCUGCUCCGGAGCGAUGUGACCACCUUACAGCUUGACACAGACUAUAUGAUGGAGCUGCUGGAUCCCACACAACUACAGGGAGAAGGUGGCUACUACCUUACAACUCUGUACGCCUCCCUCUACUACAUCAGCAGCUUCAGGCCACGUUUGGCUGCCCGUCAGCUCAGCGUAGAAGCCCAGCAUUCUCUCAACCAAUGGCACCGCAGGCGAACUCUGCAUUGCAACCAGUCACGUCGCAGCAAACACCGCCGAACCAUUCGAAGGCAGACGGUGCAUGACAGAGGGGCACCAAACUCUGAGACAGAAGGUGUGAUUGAAGAGCAAAGUGGGAAAGGAAAUGAUUCUGAUGAUGUCAAGGAGUCACAACAGCAGCAGCAGCAGCAGCAACAGCAGAUGGAAAGCAAAGCAGAGAAACUGGAUCCACACAAUGAAGAUACUGCAGGAGGAGGAGAGGGUCAGUCACAAACAUCUACUCCAGACCAAGACUCCAAACCUCUGAUGCAGCAAGAGGUCAUACUGAACAGACAGGAAAGCAAGCAGACUCUAUGUUCAGCAGGAGACGAGGCCUGUGGGGAACUGUAAGGCACUCAUAAGGCAAAGAAGAGAAAGACAGGACCUAAGAUGAUGACACGAUAACUUGUGGAUGCUUAAAUCCUCCCCCUCCUGCAAAGUUUACUUUUCUUAACAGCACAAACAAAGCUGUUGAUCAGUCUCUCUGCAACAUUGGUGAUAGUUAACUAUGAAAAUGCAUGGUCUUCAUUAGACUCUUGUCUAAUUGUGUCAUCUUGGAGUCAUCAUGGUUUCAUUUGCAACAGUAAAAUAUCAGGUUGGUCCUGGUGUUUUGGCAGCUGAUGCUUACACCUGAAAGCUGACCACAUGAAUCCAUUAAAAGACAUGUAUAAUAGGAAUUAGAUGUUAUGAGAUGAGAAUUUGACAUAAUGGUUUUUUGUUUUUUUUUUGUAAGAUUAUUGCUGUAACUAGAGUGCUGAUUAAGUUUCUACUGAUGAAAAUUUAUGAUGUGCAAAUAUUGGUGGAAUUUGUCUUUAUUAUAAUAGUUAAAUGCAAUUAUACUACAAGUAUGACUU